CAGACCCUCUGGUGCAAGGAGAAUCCCUGUUUAAACGUGACAAAGUGAUGUGAGCUCCCAAGUUUGCUCCUUGUCCAGUCACGCCCAUUGAAAUGAAGACACUGGGAGAGGCCCUGGCAGCUACUCUCUUCACAGACAAACGAGGAAGCAGCAACAGCAAGGGAGGCUGAGACGCCUGCUUCUGGACUCCUUGGAUGGAAGGAAGUGGCGUCCGCUUCCCCCAGUGUGGGGGCCAACAGGUGUAUGGAGGCUGACCAUGCACAAUGCAGAGUACUGGAACUAGGUUUCCCUUGGAGGAGAAGGCUAUGCAGAAUCCAGCUUUGCCUGAACACCUUUCUCCAGGGACACGGAGGCAGUCUUCCAGCUGCAAACAUCUUCACCUCUGGUUGGUUCUCUGGAGCCCCACCCUUUGGCUCUGGCUGCUCCCUAGGGCUUCUAAAGCCGGAAAAGCUGAGUGACUCCAGAUUUCUAGAAUUGGCUCCUAAGCACGCCUUGUCUUCUCUGUGACCCAAAUAUGGUGAUUCUGUUCUGGCUUCUUCCUGGUUUCAUCUUAGCUUUUCUUCACGUUACCAGAGCAGAGGAGUGCGAAAUCAGCAAAGAAAGUAGACAAUUUGUUGCAGGGCAGCCUUUUGCACUUUCUUCCACAACCAACACAAUGAAGUACGGUAAUGGAAAUGUGACUUGCUAUAAAAAUUCUAGCAAAACUCCAAUAACUACAAACAGAAAUUCCAGAGUCCACCAAUAUCUGAACUGGAUUUUAUUUCUUCCUCUGACAUCGGAAGACUCAGGAAUAUAUGAAUUUGUCAUAAGGGAUUUAGAGUGCUGUCAGAGAAUCUCCAUGAACCUAACUGUUCAAAAUAGGAAUAGUGGUUGGUGUGGUGAUUCCAACAAAGACCUAGCUGUGCUAGCAUAUAACAGCAACUACCAAACAUUAAAUAUAGGAAUAACUACCAUGCUUAAAUGCCAUAUAAUCACCUUCCCAAACAAGACUUUGAGCCCAAUACAGUGGUAUAAGGAAUGUAAACUUAUUGAAGAUAAAAAGAAAUUUUUACCUAUUGGAUCUGAUCUCUAUAUUCAAAAUACAACAGCUGAGGAUGCAGUAACUUAUUCAUGCAAAACAAAGCUAACAUACAUGGGGAAACAGUAUGAUAUUUUAAAUAGAAUUUCUACAAGGACACGAAGUAACACAGAAGCAAGGAAAAUACCAGAAAUUUUCAGCCCAAAAAAUAAUUCCAUUGAAGUACCACUUGGUUCUCCUCUUAUCGUGAACUGUAGUAUAAAAGACUGGAAAGGGAAUUCACAUCAUAGAAGUUGGAAAGUCAAUAACACUUUUGUAGACUUUCUCAAUUCUAGUCGAAUUAGAGAAGGAGUUGAAACAGAGGUUGCUUGUGGUGAAAAAUAUAUCUUCUAUACUGUAAAUAUCAGCUUCUCAGAGGUAAGACAAGAAGAUUAUGACCGUCACUUUACAUGUCUCUCUGGAUCAUCAGCAGCAUUUAUUAUGCUCAAGCAUCCAGCUCCAAAUGUUCAAGGGUACCUGAUAGGAGGGACCUUUGCUGUAUUGUUUGUGAUUAUGUUUGUAAUGUGCACCUACUAUGCUGUCAAGGUUGACCUUGUCCUUUGGUAUCGGAGCACCUUUCAUUCUGCUUUGAGUGGAGAAGAUGGCAAGCUCUAUGAUGCUUAUGUCUUGUAUCCAAAACCUAAAACUGAAAGCCAAGGACAACACAUGAACGUUUUGGUGCUGAAGAUCCUGCCUGAAGUCUUGGAGAGACAGUGUGGGUACAGAUUGUUUAUAUUUGGAAGAGAUGACUUACCAGGACAAGCUGUGGUCAAUGUUAUUGAUGAAAAUAUAAAGCUAAGCAGAAGAUUGAUAAUCAUUUUGGUCCCAGAAUGUUCAAGUUAUGGUCUGUUAAAGAACAUGUCUGAAGAACAGAUUACGAUCUACAAUGCCCUCAUCCAGGAUGGAAUGAAAGUCAUACUCAUUGAAUUAGAGAAAAUUCAAGACUAUACAGACAUGCCAGAAUCCAUUAAAUACCUUAAGCAGAAACAUGGGGUGUUGCAGUGGAAAGGAGACUCUAUGCAGGGAUUGCAUUCAGCGAAGACAAAGUUCUGGAAAAAUGUAAGAUAUCGCAUGCCACCUAAACGGUACCCAUGUUUCACUAAAGAACUGAACCUUUCAAAUCAGAAUGAGAUAAAUACUAUGCUCUAUACUGAAUGAUACACAGCCUACUUACAUGGCUUUGUUUCUCAGUAGUGACUAUGUGCUAUCAAAGUUUAUCAUUUUGAAAUCACUUUGAAAGAAAUAUUUAACUUGGGCUUGUUUGUCCCCAGAUACUUGCCUCACAGGUUUUCCAUGAUGGAGACCAAAAUAUUCUUCACAUUCACUUCUGUAAAUAAAAAUGUGAUAUUCCAAGAUAGUUCCAUUUUAGAGGCAAAUAAGAUACACAGUAGUAAAUGAUUAUAGUAACAUUGUGUCAGAUAAAUGUAAAACUUUUGGAAUAAGUCAAAGAAUAUGAUUGGGAAGGUUGCUGUACAUCAAAUUAAAACAACUAUCAGAUUGCCUAAAACGAUAGGUGGGGGAAAUGACAAAUAUUGCAGUGGAUAUGGAAAACUUGGGACACUGAUACACUGCUGGUGAAACUAUGAAAUGAUCUAAUCAUUUUGGACUGCAAUCUGGAAUUAUACCCAAAGAGCUGAAACACCAUGUAUGGCUUUUGACCCAGUGAUACUUCUAUUAGGUCUGUUUCCCAAGAUGAUUAAGAAUAAAGAAAAAGAACCUAUAUGUUCUAAAAUAUUCAUAACGAGUCUCUUUGUGGUGGCAAAGAACUGGAAAUUAAGGAGAUAGCCAUCAAUUGGUGAAUGACUAAACAAAUCAUGGUAUUUGAUUGUUAUGGAAUACCACUGUGCUAUAAGAAAUGAUGAACAAGUUGAUUUUUUAAAGGCAUGGAAAACCUUGCAUAAUAUACUGAGGAAUAAAACAGAGCAAAGAGAAUGUUGUAUACAGUAUCAGUAAUAUUCUUCAAAGAGUAACUGUGAAUGACCAAGCUACUACAAAAGACUUAUGAAGGAAUAUGAUCUCCAACUCCAGAGGAAAAAAACUGAUAUAUAAGGUACAGUUUCACAAAUAUGAUUGUGGCAAAUGUUGGCCUCUACUGUAGGACUGGGAGGGAAAGAUAAAAACAAAUGUAACAAAAAAAUAUAUUUUUUAAAAAUGUUACCAAUUACCUGUAAUAACAAAUUUCCACUUAAGUUUUCUUAAGUUUCCUAUGUGCUUUCAUCCACAUUCUGAUUCCAACAGUUCUUUCUCUAGAGCAUUCUUUCUCAGAAGUGUCCUGGGUUAUUGUGGUACAUGAGAGUAGCUAAGUCUAUCACAGUUGAUCAUUCCACAACAUUGCUGUUAUUGAGUGCAAUGUUCUCCUGGUUCUGUUUAUUUCACUCUGUAUCAGUUCAUGGAAGUCUUUCCAGCUCUUUCUGAAAUCAUGCAGUUCAUCAUUCCUUAUAGCACAAUAGUAUUCCAACACCAUCAUAUACCACAAUUUGUUCAGUCAUUGCCCAAUUAAGGGACAUCACUUUAAUUUCCAAUUCUCUGCCACCACAAAAUGAGCAGCUAUAAAUAUUUUUGUACAAGUAUCUCCUUUCCCCUUUUUUAAGAUCUUUUUGGGAUAUAGACCUAGAAGCAGUAUUACUGCAUCAAAAAAUAUGUAUUGCUUUAUGGACCCAUGGGCAUAAUUCCACGUUGCCCUCCAAAAUGGUUGGGUCAGUAUACAAAUCCACUAUCAAUGCAUUAGUGUCCCAAUUUUGCCACAUAUUCUUCAGCAUUUAUUAUUUUCCUUUACUGUAAUAUUGGCCAUUCUGAUAGGUGUAAGUUGGCACCACAGAUUUGUUUUCAGUUGUAUUACUUUAAUUAAGAGGAAUUUAGAACAUUUUUUUCAUAUAGUUAUUGAUACUUUUGAUUUCUUCCUCUGAAAACUGCAUUUUCAUAUCCUUUGAUCAUUUGUCAAAUGGAGAAUGACUUUUUUCUUAUAAAUUUUAUUUAGUUUUUAGUAUAUUUCAGAAAAUUAUAUAAAUUUCAGAAAUUUAUCAGAGAAAUUUGUUAUAAAUUUUCCCCAAAAAAUAUGUGUUCAAAAACAUUCAUGGCUGUGCUCUUUGUGGUGACAAAAAAAACCAUGGAAAAUGAAGGGGUGUCCAUCGAUUAGGGAAUGGCUGAACAAAUUGUGGUAUCUGAUGAUGAUGGAAUACUAUUGUGCUGAAAGGAAUAAUGAACUGGAGCGAUUCCAUGUGAACUGGAAAGACCUCCAGGAAUUGAUGCAGAGCAAAAUGAGCAGAACCAGGAGAACAUUCUACCCAGAGACUGAUACACUGUGGAACAAUCAACUGUAAUGGACUUCUGUACUAGAAACAAUGCAAUGGUUCAGGACAAAUCUAAGGGACUUAUGAUAAAGAACGCUAUCCACACCCAGAAAAAGAACUGUAGGAAUAGAAAUGAAAAAGAAAAAAAACAUAUGCUUGAUCACAUGCCUCUGUGGGAAGAUAAUUGGGGAUGUUGACUGUAAAUACUCACUCUAUUACAAAUAUUAAUAAUAUGGAAAUAGGUUCUGAACAAUGAUACAUGUAAAACCCAGUGGAAUGUCUUAUUGGCUACAAAAGGAGGGAGGGAGCAAGGGAGGAAAAGAACAUGUAUCAUGUAACUAUGGAAAAAUAUCCUAAAGUAAUUAAUUAAAUUUAAAAAAAUUAAAUUAAAAAUGUCCCCAGUUUGUGUUUCCCUUCUAAUCUUGCUUAUAUUGGUUUUCUUUAUAUAAAACCCUUUUAAUUUAAUAUGAUCAAUAUUAUUCAUUUUUACAUCUUGUAGUGUUCUCUAUCUCCUAUUUGGUCAUAAAUUCUUCCAUUCUCCAUAAAUAUAACUAAUAAACUAUUUUAUGUUCUGAUAAUUUACUUAUAAUAUUACCUUUUAUAACUAAAUCAUUUACCCAUUUUGACUUUAUCUUGGUAUAGGAUGUGAGAUAUUGAACUAUACCUAAUUUUUACCAUACCCUUUUCCAAUUUUCCCAGCACUUUUUGCCAAAUAGUGAAUUCUAAUCUCCCAAACUAGAAUCUUUCAAUUUAUCAAACACUAGAUUGCUGAGUUCAUUUACCCCCUAAUCUAUUCCACUGACCCUCCAUUUUAUUUUUUAGCCUGUACCUGAUUGUUUUGAUAGUUAUGACUUUAUAGUACAGUUUAAGAUCUGGUACUGUUAGGCCGCCUUCAUUCUUCCAGAUGAGUUUUGUUAUUAUUUUUUCUAGUUCCAUAAAAUAUUUUUGCUGGUUUUAUUGGUAUGGCACUGAAUAAAUUAAUUUAGAUAGGAUUGUUAUUUUUAUUAUAUUAGCUUGACCUAAACCUGAGUAAUUAAUGUUUUUCCAGUUUUCUAGAUCUGUUUAUUUGUAUGAAAAGUGUUUGGUAAUUGUGUUUAUAUAAUUGCUGUGUUUGUCUUGGCAAAUAAAUUCCCAUGUAUUUUAUAUUGUCUAGAGUGAUUUAAAAUAGUU